GCAUUUGUUACGCGCCCGGCCGUUAUCUUAUCGUUAUCCGGUCGUUCGGCGGCGGUACCGCCCGAUUUUCCUCGCCCGGUGCCCGACGAUUCGCGGGAAAGUGUCCGCUCGCCCGGUAAGGAGGCCCCCCGACAGGUGCCGCUCUUCCUUCGGUCGCUCCGCAGGUGCCGUGGAUGCUCCGAAUAUCGGAGAGUUUGUCGAAGCCAGAACCUCUUGCAAACAACGCGCUUAAGAUAAACAGUUUUAUACACAAUUUCCCGGCCGUUUUUUUUCCGUUUUCCAUUAACGAAGCUUCCUUGAGAACCGCCAU